UCACAAAUCCUCAAUCUCAAAUCUUCCAUCUUUACAUGACCUCACUCCAGUCUCUCUCCUCCAACACCACCUUCUUCACCAACAAAACCCAGAAAAAUACCCAGAACAUCAACCCCAACAACAGCAACAAAGACCCCAAUUUCUCAGGUACCCCAAAAGCCCCUGCAAUGAGGCUAAUUGUGCCAUUACAAGGGGUUGUUCAAGGUAGGGGUGGCCUUAUUUUAGGGUCAAUUAUCCCCUGUGCUCUUUUCUACUUCUUCCAACUUUACCUUAAGAAGAAUCGCAACAGCAAUAAUCAACCUCCUCCUUCUUCUUCAUCUCCUCCAACUCUCUCUCCUACCUCCUCCAAUGUCGAGCUUCAUCGAUCUUCUUCUCGGCCCAGUUUAUCUUCUUCUCGUUGUUCUAUUGGGCCUGCUCGUCUUUCUUCUCGGGCUUCUGUGCUUGCCGGGCCCAACGAUUCUGCUUACUAUUUGGGCCUUGAUAGGGCUCGCAAGGAUGCUUACCAUGAAAUUGAUAAUCCCAAUGGGGUUAUUCAGCUUGGUUUGGCUGAGAAUUUGUUGUCGUUGGAUUUGAUUGAGAAAUGGGUAGCAGAGAAUUGGGACAGUUCGAUGUUGAAUGGUGGUGAAUUGGGGAUUAAUGGGAUUGCUACUUACCAGUCAUUUGAUGGGUUAAUGGACUUAAAAAUGGCAAUGGCUGAUUUCAUGUCUAGGGUAAUGGGAGAUGUCUUCUUUGAUCCGUCACAACUAGUAUUGACGUCUGGUGCUACUCCUGCAGUGGAGAUACUAUGUUUCUGCCUGGCAGACCAUGGGAAUGCCUUUCUGAUUCCUGCACCAUAUUAUGCUGGUUUUGACAGGGACUUGGUGCGUACUGGAGUGGAACUAAUACCUAUACAUUGUCGUAGUUCUGACAACUUCACAUUAAGUAGUACUGCCCUCGAUCAAGCUUAUAAUAAUGCUAGAAAACGAGGGCUUAAAGUUCGUGGGAUACUCUUCUCAAACCCUUCCAAUCCUGUGGGCAAUAUACUCUCAAAUGAUACACUAUAUACAAUUUUGGACUUUGCCAGGGACAAAAACAUUCACAUUAUAUCUGAUGAAAUAUUUGCGGGGUCAACCUAUGGGGAUACAGAAUUUGUGAGCAUGGCAAAGAUUGUCGAAGCAGAAGACUUCGAGAAGAAUAGGGUUCAUAUCAUUUAUGGACUCUCCAAAGAUCUUUCUCUUCCAGGUUUUAGAGUUGGGGCCAUUUAUACCUUUAAUGAGAACGUAUUAGCUGCUGCAAAAAAGUUUGCCAGGUUUUCUUCUAUUUCUGCUCCUACACAGCGCUUAGUAGUAUCAAUGCUGUCAGAUAAAAGGUUCAUUGAAGAAUAUAUGGAAAUAAACGGAAAGAGGCUAAAGAGGGUGCAUGACUCCUUUGUUGCUGGGUUAGAUCAACUUGGAAUACCUUGUGCAAGGAGUGAUGGAGGAUUAUACUGCUGGGCUAAUUUUAGUGGGCUAAUUAAGCCCUACAAUGAAAAAGGAGAGCUUGACUUAUGGGAGAAGCUGCUGACUGUAGGCAAAGUGAAUUUAACUCCUGGGUCAUCCUUUCAUUGCAUUGAGCCUGGGUGGUUUAGGUGUUGUUUCACUGCGGUAGCUGAAAGAGAAAUUCCUUUGAUUAUGGCACGAAUUAGGAAAGUUUGCGAAAGCUGCAAAUCACCCAGCUAAUGUGCUGUGAGUUUCAGUAUUUUUGAGUUCAUGUGAAUAAUUGUCUAGCUAAAUUGUCAAAUAAACAUCACCUAGUGGAAAGGUCGGUCGUUGAAGAAGGGAGAUAAAUGGAGAAAAUGUACAGAUAUCAUAACACAGGAAGAUUUUGAUAUUUUAUUUAUGAAACAUGUCCAGAAGAGAAGAUAUAUGGAGACACUGAAUAGUUCACUCCUACAAAUAUGAGAAAACAGUUUCUACACAAAAGAAUAUCCAUGAAGUGCUCUCCUAAGAAAUUCUUAAUGCCAGGAAGUCCUCCCUCAGCAUUUUCGCUAGUCCUCCUCCACUGGCCACAAUGUUGAAGCAUCCUUGAGGUUUCUUCUUUGUGAAUUCCUGCCAUUUUCCCACCAGGCAAGUUAAUUAGUGAAUAGUUUUUGUAUAUAACAAGGAAUUAUUAAUGACUACUCGGCGAGGUUUGUCAAUCUGUAGAAUAUGAGCAAGUAUAUAACUUGGGCUUUUUUUUUUCUCUUUCAGUUUUUGUAAAGCAUAGGCUGAUAAAUAGCCAUUUGUUUUCAUCAAUCUAGAAGGUUAUUCCCUUAAGUAGAUUGCGACUGUACUGUUUUUGACAUGCAUAGUUUUAUGCAAAUUUCUGUAAUAUUAUGGAUCAGAUUACCUUUUGCUGA